AAUUACAGUCGGAGAAUAUCACCAGGAUAUCAUAUUCGACUUUUCUUCUCAUUCCGUCAACACUUUCUGCGUCAUGCGAUAAUGUCGAGCCUUGAUGUUGCCGAUAUCGCGUCACAGUCUGUGAAGCUACGCGCCGAGUUAAAGGACUGGGAAAGAGCCUUCGCCGCUGCGAAUGAGGGAAGAAAGGCUGACCGAAGUGAUAUUAAAAAUGCGCCUGAGAUCGCGGCCAAAUACAAGGAGUACUCGCGGUUGAAGUCGCUCGAAAAAUCAGCCAGAUAUGAAAAGAAACACAAUCCUAACCCCGUUGACUUGGAAGAGCGCUCAAAGAAACGGAAACAUACAUCACCUCCUGGAUCCCGGGAGGUCCAUCUCGAGUCCACGCCUCGCAAAGCGGCGAAAGGUCCCUUCGCAACCCCCUCGAAGCCACGCGGAGUGGCUUCUCAUCCGUCAGAGCUUGAUCCUUACGAUUCUCCCUCAGCACUGCGCAGGCUGUUUAGCCCGACUACACACCAACAGUCCUCAUCACCGUUCAAGACAGCCAUUGGGCCCACUCCUCAGAGAGAUGGAAAGUCGCUUGGUCUUUUCGAUCUCCUAUCCGAAUCGGGUGGAAGUACGGCGACACCGACGGCGUCCAGGAUAGCCAGUGUGCGUGGCACAGCGGCACAGACGCCCUCAAAACGGAAUGCCCUAGAUACCAUAGCAGAGGAGGAUGAAGAGGAAGACAGCCCUCGCGGUGAUCGAACCCCGGCGUCAGCAAGCAAGAGCUAUAUGCUUUCCGCCUUAUUUGCGACGCCGACAACAUGGCGCUACGCUACCAUGAUGGAUGAUCGAAAUGAUGCUGCCCCUCACGAACGUGCACAGCAGACCAGUGCGAACGGUGCCGGCCAAGAAGCCCCGGAGUCAGAGACCCCGGCAUUCCUGCGACGGGCUAAUUCAGCACGCUAUGGCGCAACUAAUCCCACCGGACAGGGCUUGAGCCCGAUCAACGUACGUAAACGGCCGCAGUUUGUCGGGAAAGGGCUCUCAGCGCUGGUCCAAGGAUUACGAGACAUGGAGGAAGAGCGCCUCGACGAUGAUCUGGAUGUACUCCGAGAAAUAGAAGAAGAGCAGGCCGCCGUCAGCACUGAAGUGACUGACAGCCAGACGGUUAGCAAUGAUACGGGCCGAACGUUCAAGAAGAAGGGCCAAAAACGAACAACGCGCAGGGUUCGCAUGAAGCCGGUUGUCACAAAGCCUAGGCGUGAGUCACAGUUGCCAGAAUCAGAGCAAGAAGAUGGCACGGAGAAUACGGGCUACAGUGAGGAUGAACUAGCAGCGGUGCCAGAAACGCAACAGCCUGCGGUCCAUGCUGACGAGGCUGGUGGGUUCUCAGACUUUGCUUCGCUGCGUUCAAUAUCAGAACCAGAGCUUGACUCCGACUCUGAUUACGGGGAACACGCCAAGCCCCUUACCAGAAACAAAAGCUUUUCGGAAAGAAUGAAGGAGGCGAUCGGUUCUGUAAAGCCGCCACCAACGGAAAAGCGAGAGAAACCGUCGCAGCCUCCAGUGAAGGAGAAAGAGACGAAGCCUCGUGAGAGGAAAAUCAAUCCCGCGGCACAUGCCAAUUAUCGGUCAUUGAAACUUCGAAAUAAGAACUCUAAAGGCAGAGGCGCAGGGCGCUUCGGCAGGAGACGAUAAAGCACAAUGGCUGGUCUACACCAACAUCAUUUAUGAGCAACGACUACCGCAUACUUAGAGAUACCACC